AUGGGCUGCACCGUGAGCGCCAAGGACAAGGCGGCAGCCGAGCGCUCUAAGAUGAUCGACAAGAACCAGCGGGAGGACGGCGAGAAGGCAGGGCGAGAGGUGAAGUUGCUUCUGUUGGGUGCUGGGGAGUCAGGGAAGAGCACCAUCGUCAAGCAGAUGAAGAUCAUCCAUGAAGACGACUAUUCAGAGGAAGAAUGUCGGCAGUAUCGUGCGGUUGUCUACAGCAACACCAUCCAGUCUAUCAUGGCCAUUGUCAAAGCCAUGGGCAACCUGCAGAUUGACUUUGCUGACCCUCAGCGAGCGGAUGAUGCCAGGGAGCUGUUUGCACUGUCCUGUGCUGCUGAGGAGCAAGGUAUGCUUCCUGAAGAUCUGUCCGGCGUCAUCCGGAGGCUCUGGGCUGACCAUGGUAUGCAAUCCUGCUUUGGUAGCUCACGGGAAUACCAGCUCAAUGAUUCAGCCGUUUAUUACCUGAACGACCUGGAGCACAUUGCACAGAGUGACUACAUCCCUACGCAACAGGCCUCCCUGUUUGAAGCCCACCCGUGUCUGAGGGGCCGGGAGUGGCCAUGGUACACCUUUCUUGGGCAUCUGUUCUGGUUUCCUGACCAUUGUCUUGUUCUGGGGUGA